AUAUUAGCUUGAUCCGAAUAAUCGUCCAUAAUGGUCGGCGUGGUUCUUCGCGAAAAGAGGCAGUGGUGUAUGGAAAUGAUGUAUGCAGCGACGAGGCCGGCAAGGCUAUCGUGCACUCCUAUCCCCGCAGAAUCAGCAACACGAGGAUUUGCAUGCGGUACAGGCCAGGUUACUUCUGCCCAGGACCUGCAGCUGUGAUCCAUGAUAUGAAAUACAGGCUGUGCCUCGCAGGGGAUCAAGCUAGCUGUCAGCUGACACAAUGCGGAGUAAACGGAAGCAGGAAGAAGCGUCAAACGAAUACCGGCGGAGUUGAGGCAACAGCCAACCACACUGUCUACUUCGAGGAUGAGUCCACUUCAGCAUCGCAGACAAACACCGAAACUGAAGUUUCUCCAACUGCACAGAACUGCCUCUUGGAGAUGUCUGUGAUUUUCCCUCCCAUCAUCGUUGUCUGCGUCGUCAACCUGGUGCUCAUCAUCGUCAUCAUGUACAUGUGCUUCCUGCUGAUGAAGAAAAGACGCAAGCAAGAAUAUAAGCAGGACGACCUGAGGUCCGAAAAGAGUCACAAGUAUAACCCAUACUAA